AUGAACACGUACAACCAGGUGAAUCCAAUAACGUUGGGAAAGCGUCCAUCUUCCAAUAAGUACAACAAAUCAGGAUCUGGAGGGCAAAGCUCACUCCCUCCUGAGCAACACAAUACGGGAAAUGUAACAUCUAGUUUUGGUAACUCUAUACCGGAAAUAAGAGCUAGGCUAAAGAGUGAACGUAAGAAAGCCAUGAUCAAUGAAUCACUUAGUAAGGAAGCCAAGACUAACAAGGAAGAAGCUGACUAUAUCCCCCAAUUCGAUCAUAUCUUGGAACCUAUUUCUCACUUAAUAAAUGAACCUCUACCUCCAUCAUUUUACCGGUUUGUUGAAAAGGAGUAUAAAGCUGCCAAAACAUUGAGGUUACCUAAUAAAAGGUUAAAGCUUGUUUCUCGUGAAAUCAGGCUUUUACUCAAGGCAGCUAUUGCGAAAGGAGCUCUGCAUAAAAAUGAUUGGGAUCAGCAGCACUUAACAAGAGUAUUUUCAGCGAAAACUAACGGAAAUCCAAUAAACUCCCAGGAACGGCUAUGCUGUUUCUUAUCCCCUGAAGAAAAAAGAAUUAUCAUAGAUGGCAUCCCAUAUGAACAACUUGGCAUUGAACGUCCAAAUGUAUCAACAUCUAAAGACAAUACUAACAAUUACCAAGUGAUAGAUCCUACUUCAAUAGUAACAGUUGAAACGCAGUCAAAGGUACCACCGCCGCCUCCUCCAAUUGAUUCUAGGCCAACCCCACCAUGGGCUCAGAAUGUUAGAACAGCAGAUCCUUUGCUAAAUCAGCAGAUGAAUCCCAAAGAAUCACCGGUACCGUCAGUAUCGUUAGAAUCUCGAAUCUCAAACUUGAACGCACCAAGCCCUUCCCCCGUACCCAAGAAAAUAGCUGCUCAAGAUGAGAAAAGCAGGAGGCUGGAAAGGCUAAAGAGAUUUGCUAGUCCUGAACCACUAACGUCAACCUCUAAAAGAGUGAAGAUAGACGACGACGACAGCUAUUCCGAUCUCAACGCCAUCACUAACAAAGCUUAUAAAUUUGACAAGAACAAGCCGAUUGUGGGGCAAUGUCAAGUGUUAGAGAAAAAAUAUUUAAGACUUACUUCUGAACCAGAUCCGGCAAAAGUACGCCCGUUGUCCAUUUUAAUUAAAGCUCUUGACUGGAUUGUGACCAAGUUUCAUAGCGGUUCGUGCUCUUAUCAGUAUUUCUGUGAUCAGUUGAAAUCUAUAAGGCAGGACUUGAAAGUGCAAAUGAUCGAGAAUGAUUUUACUGUUACUGUUUAUAAGACGCAUGCACGCGCAGCUCUUGAGAACGGAGAUGUCGGUGAAUAUAAUCAAUGUCAAAGUAGUUUGAAGCCUUUGUUUGAAAAAGAUAACAUUGACAAGAGCGACUUGCCCGAAUUCAUCAGUUACAGAAUACUCUACCACAUGAUGACCUCGGACCAUUCCAGCAUUAAUCAGUUGCACUUCCAACUCCUAACUACCCUAAGUCAUAUGUAUGACAAUGAAAUGAUACAAAGAGCAUUAAAAAUGUCUGAAGCACAGAUUGAAAAUAACUAUCAUACCUUCAUGAGAAUUUAUCAACAAACAAAGGGCCCGGAGCGCCAUUUAGUUAAUCAAUUCAUUAAAAAGGAGAGAUUAAACGCAUUGAAUUGCAUGUGUAAAGCUUAUGCAAGACUUCCGUUGCAAUUCUUGGCACCUGAACUUCAUUUCAAUGAUGCAACAGAAGCCUUCGAAUUUCUAACGGAACUUGAGCUAAUCCAGUUUAUGGUUGUGCCGGAAAGCGACCCCAACGAGAUCUAUCUCGAUUGUAAAAGCUGCCGUUCUACAAUCAUUAAACAUUUCGGCGAUGCUAGAAGAAUUGACAUCAAGGGACAAAUUUAA